GCCAGCAACCCAGGAAUGGAAGAUGCAAAGGAAGAAGAGGCCUCCAGCAAAAGCUCAUCAUCCAUCCAGAGCGUCUCCUGCAUCAAAUGCUUUGAUGCUCUCUGGUUCUGUUACUCUCCAUUUCACCAGAUGCAACAAUACUAUAGAUAUGGAAAUUUCGAUAAUUGCUUUGGCAAGUGGAAUGCACUAUUUGACUGUUUGAGUCUCAAGACAAAAAGACCAUCUGAAGUUCAGGAGAUUCUUGAAGCCCGGGAGAAGGCAAAGCCGCAUAUCUGGACAUACCGAACAGUGGAGGAGGCUUCGGCAAACUGGUGGAAGAUGUAUAGCCACAUUGUUACAGCCCCUCGGCGGCCAGAUCAACAAUUUCCUGGAAACCGAGGACCAAGUUCUGAAUGAAACAUUUCUUUUGAAAUUCUGUUCUGAUUUGAACAUCAUCUUUCCAGGAUGUGCAUAUUUGCACUUGUUAUGAACACGAGGGUGUUUUGGUAAAUAAUGAGGACAACCAAGAAUUGAAGAUUCUGAAAAGGGUCUUAUUCUUGGUAAUGAACAUAAGUAAGGCAAUCAUUAAUCUUGAUGAAUUUUAUGAUUAUAAUACCAAGAACAC